AUGGCAACGCCGGUCGAAGCGGUGGCCGUGCGCCGAGCUAUCAGCCCGAGCCGCUUCAAGCCCGAGUCGUCGUAUAAGGCGCCGCAACACGACGACCCGCCGUCGUUUGAGUUUGGCGGCGGGGAGUCGCCGCGACGCCCCGAACCCCGGCUCGCUGAAAUCAACGGGCCGCCGUCGCCGCCGCCGUACCCGCGCACGCCGAUCGUGGUCCGGCGCGCGUCGCCUGUCCCGAUCAUGCCUGGGAGCGAGUGGUUUUUUGCCGUGCUUUUGGGCAAGAAGAUGGUGCAAUGCCGGGCGAUGGCGACCGGGCUGCCCUUUACUCGCCAACCGCUACCGCAGGAGGUCAACGUGAGCCAGCUCCCGAAGCUCAAGCUCUUUGAAACGUUCAUGCACUUGGAGGCCAAGAGCGAGUGCCCGCACUGGAUCUACGAGAUGCUGCCGCUCUCGCCGACGGACGCCGUGCCGUACGAAGAGCUCAAGACGUACCUGCUGCGACAUCGCGCCGAGCCUGUCGCGGGCAUGGCGCUCGACGUUCCGCGCUACAAGAUCAUUGUGCUGCCGCCCGGCGGCGAAGCGCGGCUACUCGGCUACAUUGGCCACAACUUGAUUGCAGUUAUUCGUCGAAACAAACUCAAAAAGUAG